CUCUCUUGGAUCUCUCCCCUCUCUCAUUCGAUCAAAGAGAGCCUUUGGAACGCCCAGCAACUUCCUCCUCCUCCUCCUCUUCUUCUUCCUUCUUCCUUUUUGUUCAUCUUCAUCUUCCACGGUUUUCUCUUCAUGGCUCUCCUCACUUUCCUACCGGACAACUCCGCCAGCCACAAGCAAAAAACGCCCCCUCCUUCCAAACGCAAGCGAACCAAGCAGCACCACCCCCACGACGACGGGAAGCAGCACCAGCACCAGCACCAGCACCAGCACCAACGCGAGCAAGAUCCAAAGCUAAAGCAAAAGCAAAAGCAAAAGCAAAAGCAGCCCGCACCGCCGCCGUCGCAGUCGUCGUGGGACCAAUUCAAGAACCUCCUCACGUGCAAGCAGGUCGAGGGCUCCGCCGUCCACGACCCCUCCAAGAACAACAACAAGCCCGUCGGCUCCUCAUGCAGCUCCAUAUGCAGCUUCCGGGACGUCGUCCACGGCAACACCCGCGUGGUCCACCGGGCCGACAACUCCCCCGAGAGCAGCUCCGUUGGCCAGGAGGCCGGCCUCCUGAGCCGGAAAGGCGGGGCCGGGUCCUCCUCCUCCCGGUCGCUGGGCGGGUCGACGAGAUCCCAUGGCGGCGGAGGCGGGUCGUCUAGGGGCAUGCAAUUCAGGAAGCUCUCCGGGUGUUACGAGUGCCACAUGAUCGUUGACCCCAGCAGGUAUCCACUCACGCCCAGGUCAACCAUAUGCGCAUGCUCUCAGUGUGGCGAAGUCUUCCCCAAGCUCGAGAGCCUGGAGCUCCAUCAGGCAGUUCGUCAUGCAGUGUCCGAGCUGGGGCCGGAGGACUCGGGCCGGCACAUCGUGGAGAUCAUCUUCAAGUCGAGCUGGCUCAAGAAGGACAACCCCAUCUGCAAGAUCGAGCGGAUCCUGAAGGUCCACAACACCCAGCGCACCAUCCAGCGCUUCGAGGACUGCCGGGACGCCGUCAAGACCCGCGCCCUCGCCAGCGCCCGGCGGAACCCGCGCUGCGCCGCCGACGGCAACGAGCUCCUCCGGUUCCACUGCACCACCCUCGCGUGCGCCCUCGGCUCCGGCGGCUCCACCAGCCUGUGCGGCUCCGUGCCCGGCUGCGGCGUCUGCACCGUCAUCCGCCACGGCUUCCACGCCAAGUCGCAGGGCGGGGGCGGGGGCGGGGGCGGGGGCGGAGUGUGCACCACGGCCAGCAGCGGCCGGGCCCACGACUCGCUCCGGUGCGCCGACGGCCGGCGGGCCAUGCUGGUGUGCCGCGUCAUCGCGGGCCGGGUACGCCGUGUGGCCGAGGACGGGGCGGCGCCGCAAACGGGGGAGGAAGACGAGGCCGCGCCGGCGGCGGCGGCGGCGGCGGCUGCCGGGUCGUACGACUCCGUGGCGGGCCACGCCGGGGUCUACUCGAACAUGGAGGAGCUGUUCGUGUCCAAUCCCAAGGCCAUCCUCCCUUGUUUCGUAGUGAUUUACAAGGCGCUCGAGUCUUGAGAAAAGAUCAGCGGACGACUCAAUUGAUCAUCAACUUCAUUUUGGCAUUUGUUACAGGCGAUUUCAAUCAAUCAAGCGUCAGCACCUAAUCACGUAGGCGUAGCUAAUGGACACGGUUGGGUUUCGGUCGUCCAUUCACUAACUUGUAUAUAUUAAAUCAACGUCGUCCUUGCGUUUGGCAUAUGUAAUGUCGAGUCAUUAGGAACUCCACCUUUUCAAUUGUUUACUUAGGAUCUUGUGUACGAGGUCUCAAUGUUGUCAUUUCGAUUGUCGUAUCAAAACUUUUUGUGACAAUGUGAAACAGAGUGAUUAUGAUUAA